AUGGAAACUCAAGAGAGGGCUCAAGAUUCAUUCUUCAAAUAUCGCCCUACUGUGAAUCUUGCCCCAGAUGACACACAUAGCCAAGCCGUGGACUGGUUCGACCCCGCCACGACCGACGACUGGCUUGACAAAGAGAUCGAAUCAGGAAGAAACGCUCUCGCCUCGACACCGACACAUCUUCAAGAUAGAAUAAUGUUUUGUGAGCUCUCGAGACUCAUUUUGCAGCACUAUCUACGAUUUGGAACAGAAACGUCUUUGAAUGAUGCAAUCGAGCUGGAGCGAAAGGCUCUGGAGUACGUCAGCACUGGUUUUCAGCAUGCCAAGUGUCUGCUAGUCUUGGGAGACAUGCUGUGUCUGAGGUUUCGCCGCAAGAAAGCUAUUUGGGACAUGCAAUAUUCCAUCAGAGCCGCAAAACAGCAUAUCUAUCCACUUCCUGCGCAGGGAGCUGACAUAUUCAACUUUGGUCAUAGAGAUGAACCCUUUGAGCAAUCAGAUCCGGAUUCAGCUUUUGUGGACAUAGACGAAGGCAUUGACAAGUCACAUGCUGCGUUUGAGCUGAUCCCCGACGACUUUCACCUUCGGGGUGAAUGGCUGGAUCACCUUGGUUCAAAUAUUCUUCAUCGAUAUUCUUUGAGCAAAGCAAUCGAAGACGUUGAUAAAGCUGUCGAAAUAUGCAGAAUUGCCUCUGAAGAUAUCAACUUUGGCCCCUCAGAGAAUCUUAUAGAGGCUCUUCUUACUCGAAUUCCAGCUACCUGGGACGAGUCUGAUAUAUUUGAAGCCAUAGAGCUCUGUGAUGAAAUGCUGGUGGAGCCUCUAGGUGAUCGAAGGAAGACAAUCUUGCAGUACCGUGCUGAAGCCUUUUACUUCCUUUAUUGUUUAAGCGGGAUGGUGGAACAUAUCGAUGAGAGCGUCAAGGAUUCCAAGAAAGCAAUAGAUUCGGAACGUGGGAGCUUAGAGUCGCUCAGUGUCAGGUGUCACAGAUUUAGGAGUGGGCUGCUGUAUACUCGGUAUCAGCACACUGGUGACCUGGCCGACCUUGAUGAUUCGAUGGCCUCAGCAGCGACCGUGGCCAAGAUUCUCUUCACCCCAGGCCCCAAAUCGAAAGCUACACUAUUUAGUGUGCUAGCAAGUGAUUGGGUUUACAGAACUGGAGCCACAGCGGACCAAGCACACUUUGCUGAAGCCAUCGAGUGGCCUGCAUGUAUCAAACUAUUCGGAACGAGCCGAAUGGAUUCUCUACAUGAGCUAUGUCGACGGCACUAUGAACGAUACGAAGUAAAGGGAAUGAAUGGCGAUCUCAAAGAUGUGUUCAAUAUUAUGGAACAGAUGGUUGAACUGGUGCCAAGUCGAGCGCUGCGGAGCGGUCUGGGCAGCCGCAUCAUGCAGCUAUACUCCGAGUUCGACUUUCUGCAGUCAUUACUUUUGGAAGCAAAAGCCAUUUUCAGGCAGUUGCUUCAGGAGUCAGAGACAGAUUCAGCAGAGCAUACGCGGUACUCCUUACAACUAGCGCAUUGUCUUUCCUUCCAGCACGAGCGAACAGGAGACUCAGUCGACCUCACUGAAGCCGUCAAUAUCGUGACCAAAACCUUUGAGAUGGCUAAGGCAGAUGAUCCAGACUAUGCGCUAGCGCUGAAUAAUUUCGGGGAAGUAACCUACCAGCAGUGUCGCGUCAGUAAGACAUUACCCAAUAUUGAUGACACCAUCGAUCUUCUACAAAAGAUAAGAGAUUAUACUAUGUCACAGACUCCAACCAAACCGUUGAGCAAAUUGGUUGAAUGUCUCCUCUGGAAAUACCGCAUAACCGACAAAGCUACCCAUCUAGACUCGGCAGUUGAGCUGGCGAGGGUUGCUGAAAGCUCCCUCCCGAAUAGAUACCCUAACCAUCACUGCAUUAUUCGCCAUAGACUUGCAAUAGCACUGCAUGAGCGGUACUUGAUGAAGCCGACGCACUCUGCUCUGGCGGAAGCUAUUGAACUGGAGAGACAAAAUCUACAGCCUGGCCAGUUCACCCGUUAUCUUUCUCAUGCUAAUCUCACAUCGCUUCUUUGUGAGCUAUACGUCGCGACAGGCAAUCGAGAGCACCUUCAGGAGGCCAUGGACGUGGAAAGAGAAACGAGGAAUGUUGAUGGCCGCUCCAUCUGGUGCUUCAGAGGCGACCGCGUGUAUAUUCCAUAUAUCCUCGAUAUCGAAAAAUCAUACCAGCUUUCGAAUAAGCUACAUGAACACUUAGAAGCCAUGAUGUACAGUCCGGAGCUCAAGUCACGCUACCUUAGUAGUAUGGGGUUGACGCUCUUGGGUACGGGCGAGAUUGAUCUAGCAAUGGGAUAUACCAGAGAGAGUCUGGAACUUGUUCCACCAGACAGCCCAGACCUGCCUUGGCACUUGUGCUGCCUUGCACUCUGCUUAGGAUGUGGUCUUUCAGCUUCAAAUGACGCCUCCGAGCUAGAAGAGAUGAUCAGGUCAGCAGAAAAGGCCGUGAAGCUCUCCCCAGACGAUCAUCCUGGCAGGCCAUUUUAUCUUUCAGUUCUAUGCAUGGCCCUUCACCGACGAUUCAUGAAGACGGGAAGGUCUCCUGAUCUCAACCUGGCGAUCGAUUACGGGGUCAAGGCUUACAACCUGUCGCUUGGAGACACACUCCCGGAUCAUGCUAAUCGAGACCUGGCAUCGGAUCAGCUAUCAUUCUGUUUGCAGCACAAAUACCUUCGAGAGGGUCUUCCAAGCGAUCUUGAGCAAGCCGAAGAGCUUCAUCAAGAGGCACGCAGAUGCAGACAAAGAUUGAAGAGAGAUAAUGCGUAUUUCAACUGGGUUCGAAGUUCUCCCGAUGGGGCUUACACUGUUCAUCUUGGCACCAACACGAAAGGGUCUUUCACGCUUGCCAACAAAAGACGUGUGCAUGCUUUACUCACAGACAAGCUGGACUGCCACCCUCGUCUGUUUGCCGUCGCGGGGCAAUAUUUCAGAUACUACCAAGAUUCAAACGAUGAGAACUACCUCUCCCUUGCAGUGGAAGCUGCGAAUUCGGCCCUCGCAUUUAUUCAAGAUGGCCAUAUUACGCAUUCCGCCCGGCUGCACCUCGUUGGGAGGUGCUACGAAGAGUACUAUAAGAGGACGAUAGCCUCUGACUGCGGCGAAGAGGACCAAAAGGAUCGUCUGCGUCACCUGGAUAUGGCCAUCUCAAGAUUCCGAGAACUCAUUAGUCAUCUUUCUUCGGAAGAUCCUCUACGCCCUGAUGUUCUCGGUCGUCUUGGCUAUUUAUACUCAGACAAGCUAUUCUACAAUUACAAGCUGGAUGACUUGAAAAUGGCAGUGGAAGUACACCAGGAAUGUCUCCAUCUGGCCGAGGAGAAUAAAAUCGAAGGUGCAAAGUGGCUACGUCAUCUCGGAUGCUCUAAACUUACGUCUUACCGCGUAUUCAAGGACGAAACUGAUUUGCAAGAAUCUGUCAAGCUACUUGAGCAAGCAAAGGAUCAAAAUCCAAAUGACAAGGAAUUUAUCCCUGGCCUGGCCAGUGCCUACCGCUCUAGGUUCAUGAUUACAAGGGACAUCAGAGACAUUGACGCUGCCAUCGAGCUCUAUCUCAACUUCCCUGUCACGGAUAAUACCACAUUAUCUUGGCUCGGAAGUGCCUAUCUUGGCCGUUUUAAGCUGACCAAGGCGCCUGAGGAUAUGAAGUUGGCAAUUUCUAAUUUGGAAAAGGCCCUCGAGCUUACCAAAAAUCAGACGGAAAUCUCAGACUUCGUUCAGGUCCUCCAAAAUCUGGCAAAUUGCUACCUUACGAAAAAUCAUUACGGCGGAGAUCUCAAGGACAUAGAGCAAGCGAUUAGCUACGCACAGCAGGCUGUGGAUGUUGAAGCGGAAGAAGCCUUCCAGGUUGUCGAUAUUGCAGGCCUAUUAGGACUGUGCUACACGACCAAGUACCAGGUGACACAAUGUGAGGACGAUCUUCUGAAGGCCAUAGAUGCCGAUGAAAGCGACUUCUGGGUCUUCAUGCCUGUCGCAAACACAUCAGAUAGCUUGGAGCUUGCUCAAAGACUCAUGGAGUCGUACAAAACUCUCGAGAACUGGGAGAAGGGCUUAAAGAUUGCCGAGUACGCACUCGAACUCAUCCCUGCCUAUACACCUCGUUACCUGCGAUGGUCGGAAGCCCAAUCCCUUCUCUCUAGAAUCAGUGGACUCGCAUCUUUCGCUGCUGCCUUCUCACUUCAGGACGGGAAACCAGAAGGGGCUAGUCUGACUCUGCUAGAAAGGGGCCGGGGAGUUGCCGCAGACCUUUUAUAUGAUCUUCGUCUUGACUUUGACAGUCGCAAGUUUGCGAACCUGAAGCCGGCGUAUAAGGAGACCCUUUUAAGCAGUAUAGGGCGCCUUGAGAAUCCUGUACAGCUACCAGGACCCGUUUCCGAUGACCCGACCUCUGGCACAGCGGAACUUACGAGGAGGUUAGAAGCAAGUAAAAUUCUCGACGAGUUCAUGGAGAGCUUUAGUACACGUCUGAAACCAGACAAUACGGGCUUCACAGGAUUUACGAGGAGCGGCCCAAUUGUGAUUAUUAAUGUCAGCUUCCGCUGUGAUGCUUUCAUUAUCAAACAUGUUAUUGAGACCAUGCCCCUGCCUAUGCUAUCUGAGGAAGAGCUGGAACGAAGACUUCGCGAUGAAAAUUUGGGGAGCCUAGCGACGUUGGAAUGGCUCUGGGAUACUAUCACGGGACCUAUUUUGGAACAUCUGGGUUAUUCAGAGAUACCUUCUGGCGAGUGGCCACAGAUAUGCUGGAUACCUACCGGGACAUUGAGUCGCUUCCCGUUGCACGCAGCUGGCUAUCACAGAGACAAAACUGGCCGCACUGUGAUAGACAGAGUCAUGUCAUCUUAUAGCUCAUCGUUGAACGCUAUUCUCGAAGGGGGCGCGAAGGAUAAACGCAACUCGUCCACUAAGGCGGUGUUGGUUGCGAUGCAGAAAACGCCGGGCAGUUCUAGCCUCCCACACGCCCCCAAAGAGCUAGCGAUUGUUCGAGAGCUAUGUGAGUCAAUGGAGCUCCGUACAGUGGAACCAGAAAGACGAACCCAAGAAGUACUCACGGAGUUGAAGGACUGUGAUAUCUUCCACUUUGCCGGCCACGGCGAGACAGACGACACCAACCCACUGAAGAGUCAGCUACGUCUUGAAGACUGGCAAACGCAGUCCUUGGCAGUAUCUGACCUGUUGAAUCUCAAGCUACGCGAUAGCCCACCAUUUCUGGCAUAUCUUUCAGCUUGCGGAACGAGCCAGAUCAAAGACAAACGCCUGCUAGAUGAGAGUCUGCACUUGAUCAGUGCAUGCAGACUAGCUGGCUUUAGGCAUGUGGUCGGAACGCUCUGGGAAGUCGGUGAUGAGGCCUGCGUCGAUGUUGCAGAAACAGUCUACCAGGAGCUGAAGGACUCUAGUAUGGAUGAUGGAUCUGUCUGCCGGGGACUACAUAAGGCUGUUCGGAAGAUUCGUGACAAUUGGGUGGCGGAUGCGCGUAUGCGGGCGGUCAAAAGGGAUCUUGAUAAUUCGAUUAGAAACGUGGAAGGUGGCGAGACUGGCUUAGGAGAUGGGUUGAGCGUCAGGAGAUCGGCAAGGGAUAUCGUGCCGCUGGAGGAGGACGAAAAUGAAAGGCCUGCUCCUUGGGUCGCGUAUGUGUAUCACGGAAGUAGAUAG